UGCCUGCCAAGGGCGAGCCUCGAGCUGGGCUGAGCCGAUGGGGGGCAGGUGCCUCAGGAGCUGCAGCAAGCAGCGGCGCCAGCCGGCGGCCGAGGCAGCGGCGCACCUCACGCUGCGCAGCGGCCGCAUCGUGCCGGCGGGACCGAAGGUGAGCAGGAGCCAUGGCCGCGGCGCCGCCGGAUCUGGCGCCGGCUGGGGCGGCGCCAAGGCAGCCGACAGCGCGCGCGGGUGCAGGAGUGCGGCUGCGAGGAGCCAGCGUCGCCGGCCGGCGCUUGGUUCCCAGCUGAGCGGCGGACGGCCGGAGGAGCUGCCGCCUCCGCCGAACCCCAUUGUCCGCGACGACGGCUGCGAAGAUGACCAAGACAGACAGGAGGCGCCCCUCACUGGCGAGGUGUUGAAGCACGAGCACGAGAACAAGGUCGCCGCGUGCAGACCAUCGCCGUCGCCGCUGGAAGGAGAGAUCGAGGCCUUCUUCGCCGCGGCGGAGCUUGCCGAGCGACGGCGAUUUGCGGAGACGUACAAUUACGACGUUGCCCUCGACCGCCCGUUGGAAGGCCGGUUUGAAUGGGCACCGGUGAGCACGUGAGGGAACGGAGCAGGGGUAAAACUGUCAAGUCGUAAAUCUCAAGAACUGCAUCUAGCUGCAUGCAGGGAACUGGAGUUAGCCCUGUUAGUUUCUCCUGCUAAUUAGUCUCUAGUUUCUCCUGCUAAUUAUUCUCUAAUGUCGUCUAGCUAGAGAAUUCCACUUCUUCAGCUCUACUUAUUACCAGUAGCUAAGUGCCACCGGUUCAGUUCAGCGGUUUAUCGCUACUGUCUCUGACAACCAUAUAUGGGUUUGUUUGGUUGUUCGCACGGAGUCUUACUCGUUUGAAUCGUAUAAGUAGAUUGAGCAAAUUCAUAUUUAUUGAAAAAUAUAGUGUUUGAUUGGUUGUACAACCAUAUAUGUGUAUAAGUAGCCGGUAGGGAGGGUUCAGGAUAAGAUCAUCCA